AUGACUCUCUACGGGCUACUUGCUUUACUUGUAACAUUUCAAAUGUUCUGUGCUACUAAGAGUUCUAUGGUCAUACUUAAUAAUGGGGGAUAUGAAGAUAUCGUCAUUGCAAUUAAUCCAGGAUUAAGUGAAGAUGUCAAGAUUAUUGAAAACAUUCAGAAUAUGGUGAAAGAAGCAACAGGUUAUUUAUUAUGCUACAAGAAAAGGCUCUUCAAUAGGAGUGUAAAAAUUCUAAUUCCGUUGACUUGGUCACCAAAAGCUCAGCUAUAUAAAGCCAAAAACAGAACAUAUGAUAAGGCAGACAUUAUCAUUGCAAGUCCUUUUCUAAAGUACGGUGAUGAGCCCUAUACUUUACAAUAUGGAGGCUGCGGAGAACCAGGAAGAUAUAUUCAUUUGACACCUGACUUUCUGUUGAAAGACUCAGUGAGCAAAUAUUAUGGACCAAGAGGACGAGUGUUUGUCCAUGAGUGGGCUCACCUCAGAUGGGGGGUGUUUGAUGAGUAUAAUAAUGACGUACCUUAUUAUAAGGCAGAAAAUGGCAAAGUAGAAGCUACAAGGUGUUCUACAGAUAUUAUUGGUACUAAUAUUAAGCAACUAUGCCAAGGAGCUUCAUGCAGUUCUCUUCCUUGUUACUUUGACAAAAACACCGGCCUUUAUGAAGACGGAUGUGUUUUUGUACCAGCGAAGAACCAAUUUGCCCAUGAAUCUAUUAUGUAUCAGCAAGCUUUCUCUUCUGUGUCUGAAUUCUGUGAUAUAAUAAACCACAAUGCUGAAGCACCGACCCUGCAAAACAGAGUGUGCAACUCCCACAGCACGUGGGACGUCAUCAUGAAUUCAACUGACAUCAAAUCUUCGCCUCCGAAGAGUGACAACAACAUUCCAGUCCCUUCCUUCUCACUUCUGCAGUACAGAGACAGAGUGAUCACAUUAGUGCUUGAUGUGUCAGGAAGCAUGGCAUCUUAUGACCGUAUAGGCCGUGUGUAUCAGGCAGUAGAAGUAUUCCUUCUUAAAAUAAUUGAAACUGGCUCUUAUGUUGGGAUCGUCCAAUUCUCAAGCACCGCCAGUGUUUUGUCGCCACUAGUGCAAAUAAUAACCAACGAGCAACGAGAGAAACUAAAAUCUCUCAUUCCAAAAAACGCUAAUGGAGGAACAAACAUUUGUUCAGGAAUUAAUACUGGAUUCCAGGUGAAUAAAAUUCUUGAUGGGUCAACCUAUGGAACAGAAAUAAUAUUACUUUCUGAUGGAGAAGACUAUGGUGUGAGUAGCUGCUUUCCUAGUAUAAGAGACAGUGGGGCGACCAUACAUGUUAUUGCCCUUGGACCAAGUGCAGCAAAGGAACUUGAUCAAAUAGCUGAAAUGACCGGAGGAUUAAGGUUUUUUGCAACAGAUAACCUGGAUACCAAUAGUCUGAUUGAUGCAUUUAGUGGGAUUUCUUCAGGGAGUGGAAACAUUUCUCAACAGACUAUUCAGCUGGAAAGCGCUCGUUUGAAUCUUAACCCAAAAGAAUGUUUAAAUGGCACCGUUUAUAUUGAUAGCUCCGUUGGAAAUGAAACAUUCUUCCUAAUUACAUGGCAAAGUGUAAUACCUACAAUCUAUUUAAAAGAUCCAAAGGGUAAAUUAUAUACAGCUGCCCAGUUCAGUAAUGACACAACGUCCAAAUCAUCUAGACUUGAAAUUCCAGGAACAGCAGAGAAAGGACCUUGGCUUUACAAUCUUUGCAACACUAACACAUUAAAUCAAGCACUGGGUAUAACUGUAACCUCUAAGGCAGCUGAUGGAAAUGUGCCACCCGUUACUGUAAAUGCCCACAUGAGCAAGGAUAUAAAUGUACACCCCAACCCGCUGGUGGUCUAUGCAUCUGUCACUCAGGGCUAUCUGCCUGUGAAAGGAGCAACUGUCACAGCAAUAAUCGAACCAGGCAAUGGGCAUUCUGUGACACUAGCGCUCCUGGACAAUGGCUCAGGUGCUGAUAUUAUAAAAAAUGACGGAAUCUACUCAAGAUACUUCACAAACUUCACUGCAAAUGGGAGAUACGGCCUAAAAGUGCGUGUUGAAGGCAGUGGAAAUAAAACUCGACUCACUUUGCCCAGGAGUCGAGCUCUUUAUAUUCCUGGCUUCAUAGAAAAUGGUAUAAUCACCAUGAAUCCUUCAAAGCCAAUAAAUAAAGAUGACAACCUACUUAAUGUGGGGUCAUUUACCAGGACAGCUUCAGGAGACUCUUUUUUGGUGUCUAACGUGCCUGCUGGUCCCAUAGUAGACAUCUAUAAACCUGAAAAAGUUACUGACUUGGAGGCCAAUAUGGAAAAAAACACAAUUGUGUUGUCUUGGACAGCAACUGGUGAUGACCUGGACCAGGGGACAG